AUGGCCAACAAGUUGACAAUAUUGGUGGCACCCAUGGAAGGUGUGGGUCAUGUGAAUGCCUGCAUUGGUUUGGCUGAAGUGCUUCAAAGUCGUGGCCAUCACAUAGUGUUUGUGACCGACCAGUCAUUCACUGGAAAGUUGUCUUCGUAUGGAUUCACUGAAGAAAUACUCGUUUCUGAAGAAAGCGAUAAAAAGGAUCAAAAGCCCGGAGAGACCGGCGCCAAACAUUUACUACAAUCAGGAGUUUUAUCAGGAGUUUCGUCGUAUGAAUCCAUGAAAAUCAUAUCUUCUUUACCUUUCUUUGAGGAGAUGAUUGACAAAAUGCGCGCAAAUGAACCAAAGCUUAAGGCAAUUAUUGCCAAAUAUAAUCCGGAUCUCUAUAUCAUUGAUAGCUUCGCGGGUUCGCCGACACUAAUCCACUCGAAUAAGCCCUGGGUUUUCCUAUCUAGCAGACGACAGGACACCGCCCUCCUGUUCGCCAGCUAUCCGUCGAAUGGAGACCCCUCUGAAUGGGAAGAGUUUAAAGAAUUAGGAAAAGAUUUGUUUACAAAACAAAGCAUAAAAUACAACGAAUGGAUGAGAGAAGAAGGCUUUCCCGUAACUACUAAUAACAAAGCAAUCAUUGACUCCCCGUAUCUCAAUAUCUAUGGCUAUCCCGAAGAACUCGAUUACAUAGAUAUCCGACCCCUUCCUGACAAGUGGUUCAGAGUCGACGCGUUUAUGAGAAAAGGAGAGCAAGAAUUCAAANGGUUCAGAGUCGACGCGUUUAUGAGAAAAGGAGAGCAAGAAUUCAAAAUUCCCGAUAAAAUUCGUGAAAGAGAUGAACAAAAAAGUAAAUUAAUUUACCUCUCAAUGGGUUCUAUGGGUUCAGUGGACGUGAAUCUUAUGAAGAGAUUUGUGGCGAUUCUCUCGAAAUCCAACCAUAAGUUCAUUGUCUCGAAAGGAGUUCGCGGCGAUGAAUAUGAAUUGGCGGACAAUAUGUGGGGCGAGAAGUCGGUUCAGCAAACAAAAGUGUUGCCAUUAGUAGAUCUCGUGAUAACUCACGGCGGGAACAACUCGGUCACCGAAACCUUUAGCUAUGGAAAGCCUAUGAUUUUAAUGCCUUUGUUUUCGGAUCAGUUCGAUAACGCACAGAGAGUUCAGGAAAAGGGGUUUGGGAUUCGUCUGAAUCCCUAUUACUGUUCAGAACAAGAAUUACUGAAUUCCAUCGAAAAGCUAUUGAAUGAUAAGGAAUUGAAUGAAAGAUUAUCCGUCGCUUCCAAACGAAUGCUUAGUUCCGAAAGUCUUCAAAAGGCCGCACAACUCAUCGAAAAUCUCGUCAAAUAA